CGUCAGCGCUAUUUUUAAAAAAGAAAAAAAAACUUAAAGCGCGAGGUUGUUUCAACCCAUAUCGAAAGCACGCCCCUCCGGGCCACGCUACAAAAGGAAGCGAGAGGCGAGGAUCGAAGCAGCUCGCGCGUGGGGCAGGCAAGCCAGAGAGAAGCAGCCGGCCUCCUCGAGCUAGUACUCACAAAUCUCGACGCUCGUCCACCCACCGCGGAAAGAAGGAAAUUAAUGGCCGGCACCUCCUCGUGGUCAUCCUCCUGUUCCUGCACAUCCUCCCUCGGCUCCUUGGACGACGACGACGCGCUCGUCUGCGCCGUCAACCCGCCGGAGCAGGAGCAUCAAGACGCGGCCGCCGCCGCCGCCGCACCGGGGGCAGCAGUCAAGUUCCUGUGCAGCUACGGCGGCCGGAUCCUGCCGCGCCACUCGGACGGCGCGCUCCGGUACGUGGGCGGCGACAACCGCGUGGUCUCCCUCCGCCGCCCACUCAAAUUUACCGAGCUGGAGCGGAAGCUGCGGGAGAUGUGCGGGUGGGGCGAGGCCAUGGCGAUGGCGCUGCGGUGCCGGCUCCCGACGGAGGACCUGGACGCGCUCGUCUCCGUCACGGGCGACGCCGACCUCGGCCACCUACUGGACGAGUACGACGCCGCCAGCGCGCGCCGGGAUCGGAUGGAGCCGCUCAAGAUCCGGGCGUUUCUCUUCGCGAGGGCCACGCCGCCGCUGUCCCCUCCGUCCACCGCCUCUUCGUCGUCUUCACCCAGAACGACGCCGUACGUCCAGCACCACCAUUAUUUCGCUCGUCCUGGGCUUCUUCACCAGCAGCAACAGGUCUUCUCUCCUUCGGCUCGUGUUCCCCACCACCACCGGCGCCGCGUCCAUAACGGCUACCAUUGAUUACCAGUGGCUUAAGGUUAAUUUAGUAGUCGUUAACCAGAGGCCGGAGGGGGAAAUGAAGAAGCGCCGAGAGAUCAGAGUGUUUUCCUUGUAACACUACUUUCAUUUGCAUGUUUUUUUCGCUAGUGGACCACGAUUCUACGAAGCACGGGAGUGGGGAUGACUCUUUUCUUUCUUCUUUGUUCCUUUUUUGUGAACGUACGCACGCAUGUAUACGUGGGAUGAGUAACGGAAAACAAGAAGAGGGCGAUAAGGUUCGUUGUGAGUGGAUUGCACGGCCAGCUUGUCUCGUCUCUUUCUGCCUUUGAGACGUCGCCCGGCUACUUUUGUUCUAUCUGGAAUCUCGAGUGUUCCCCGGCGGCCGCGCGUCAUGUGGUUCAGUGGUUGGAGCAACACGCAAGUGCAUGGGCCCCACGACAUGGCUUUGUUCAGAUCCAGUUCAAGCAAGUGGUGAUCCUCAAUGCUGAUCAUCUCCCGGUGCCUAUCGUCGACCACGGAUGAAGCUCAUCUGUACGUGUUGGAUGCUUUUGUGUGAGUUAUCCUUUUGCUGUUGCGUUGCAAUAGUUUGGCUUCUAUAGCCAAAGGUGAUUUGAUUUGUUGCUCCACAUCUUUUUGAUGUCAUCCAAAUUAA